UUCCAGUUUGCAAAGCACCUCUGAUUUGAGAUGUCAGGGCUUGUUUUUAAUCGUGUACAUAACACUGUCUGAGUACAGGCUCGGAUUAAGCGGCCUUGCUCUGUUGUAGUGACGAAACUGGGCUUGGUAUAUUCGGUUGCUGUGGUGGAUUUGGGAGAUUGAGCCGCUAUUCAAAGGGGAGGGGUACAUAAAGCCCUGAAAUGUUUCUUCCCACAGUAUCCAGCUCCUGGUUCUUUGCUUUGUCUGAAGUUGUUGCGGAGCUCGUGAUCCAGUACUGUUUAUACCUGUACUUGGGAAUUCACUGGAAGCUCAGGCCGGCUGCACUGCCCAUGUUUGUUAGGUGCCAUUUGCCUGACUUGUAUAUCACUUUGGGCAAAAGCGUUUGCUAAAUAAAUGUAACGCAUGAAGGUGCAUUGUCCCCCCCCCAUAUACCAGCGUAACCACUGGCCUGUAACCUUCUCAGAUCGCCCAGAAGUAUGACAUGCAGAAAGAGGAGGAACUGCGCUUCUGGAUCGAGGAGGUGACAGGCAUGCCUAUUGGGGACAGCUUCCAGAAAGGUCUGAAGGACGGAGUCAUCCUGUGCGAAUUAAUCAACAAACUAGAGCCUGGUUCAGUGAAGAAAAUCAAUCAAUCACAACUGAACUGGCAUAAGUUAGAGAACCUAGGGAACUUUAUCAAGGCCACUCUGGACUAUGGCCUGAAACCGAAUGACAUCUUUGAAGCCAAUGACCUUUUUGAGAACGGGAACAUGACUCAGGUUCAGACUACAUUGCUUGCCCUGGCCAGUAUGGCAAAGACCAAAGGUAUGGACACAAAGAUUGACAUAGGUGUGAAGUAUGCAGAUAAGCAAGUGCGGAAUUUUGAUGACGACAAGUUGAAGGCGGGUCAGUGUGUGAUUGGACUGCAGAUGGGGACCAACAAAUGUGCCAGCCAAGCUGGUAUGACUGCUUAUGGGACAAGACGACAUCUUUAUGACCCAAAGGCUCAGGCAGAAAAGCCAUUUGACCAGACAACCAUCAGCCUUCAGAUGGGUACAAACAAAGGGGCCAGUCAGGCUGGCAUGGCAGCCCCAGGGACCAGAAGGGACAUCUUUGACCAGAAGGUGGCGCAGCAACCAUUAGACUCCUCCACCAUCUCACUGCAAAUGGGCACCAACAAGGUGGCCUCCCAGAAGGGCAUGAGCGUGUACGGUCUGGGCCGGCAGAUAUAUGACCCCAAGUACUGCGCCACACCGCAGGACCCUGUCAUCCACACUAACGGCAGCCAGGGCACCGGCACAAACGGCUCCGAGAUCAGCGACAGCGACUAUCAAGCCGAGUAUCAUGACGAGUACCAAGGCAGUUACCACAAUGAGUACAGCGGCCACUACAACGACCAAAGCGUUGACUAUUAAGCUGAGCAAUCCUAUUAGCUAGAGCAGUAUUAAGAAGUAUAUUUUAUCAACGGGGCGAGUAUUUUUUUAUUUUGUUUUGUUUUUUUUGCUUUUCUUGCUAGUCCUUUCUUGUUUUAUUCAUAGUAUAAAAUAUUGCCUUAAACCAACACUUUCCUCCAGGAAUAGCAAUACUUUUAACUGUAGAAUUGUAUACAAAGGAGUGGUGUUGUGUUACCUGUUUAAACAUUCCUUUUUUUACCCUUUUAUGAGUUUUAUUUUCAACUAUGUCACUUUUUCAGCUUUUAUCUCCUGGAAUUUCCUCAAAUGAAAUGUGCGUCUUAAGGUUGAAUCAUUCUGUGUCCUUAACCGUGUCUGAGGUUUCUUUUAAAAAAAAAAAAAAAAACUAGAUUACUUUGUCCAUAGAGGUAAGAAUUUAUUGAUAAGUGACCUUGAUGGAUUAGUGAAGGCGAGUAAUGGAAACCUUUGUCUUUUUAAAUUUGACAUUAAAUCACUGGAACACUUUCCCCCUCCUAGAAAAUGUUAAAGCAAAUAGACAAAAUAAGCAGAAUUAGGUGUUUCUUUGUGCCAUAAUACCCCUGUACACUUAACCCCUCCUUUCCCCUUCCUUAUGUAUUUAUUAUCAUGCAUCUCCAGCAUAAAUUUUUUGUUGUACGUUUCUUUUCUGGAAUAAAUUCAAUGAUAUGAGAAAUUAA